AUGCCGGGCUGUGGCUGGCGCUGCGGCGAUGCCGGUCUGUGGCUGGAUGGCUCCGCUGGCGGGAGCCGGGGCCCGGGCUGGUCCCGGGGCUGGUCCCGGUGGCCCCAGCUGCGGUGGGAGCCCCUCAAACCAGGGCGAACAUUUGGACAAACUGUUACAGCAGCUGCCUGGCCUGGCUGUUCUGCGUCCCCACUGCCUCACCCCCUUCCCAAGGGCCCCCUGGCUGCCCUGCCCUGCUCCGUGCAGGGCUAUCGUUUACCAGAGCUGCAGGGAGCAUCGGCUGUGCCCCGAGAUGGUGGUGCUGAGCAGGGGGUGCUGCACCCCCGGGCUUUUACAGGGGAGUGUCCUGUGCUGCUUUGGAAAUGUUUGUUCUUUGCUUUCCUGCACGUGGUGGUUACGGAGGCCCGAGGGUCUGGGGGCAGUCAGACGGGCAGGGAGGGUGGCACAGGGGGCAGGGAGGUGAUUUCCUGCCCCGUGAGGAGCGCGGUGCUGCGGGACGUGCGGCUCCAGUACGUGCGAGAAGGGCGCUUUCGCAUCGAGGAGAGGACGCUGGCGGCGUUCCAGUGGCUGCACUCGCCGCAGCAGCACCGCAUCGUCAGCCGGGCAGACCUGGGCUCCCCCAGCAGGAUCGACAAGACGAUGCUGGCCAGCCUGAAGAUCAAGAAGCAGGAGCUGCUGAGCAGCGCGGAUGUGCCGGUCCAGGAGCGGCCCCUGUCCCCGCCGCUCACGGCCCCGCCGACCAUGAAGUCGGCAGAAUUCUUCGAAAUGCUGGAAAAAAUGCAGGCACCAAAACUGGAGGAACAGAAGUCUGGAGGCCAGAAACACAAGGAAGACUACAUCCCAUACCCCAGCAUCGAUGAGAUCCUGGAGAAGGGCAGCCCAUACCCGCUGAUCAUCCUGCCCCAGUUUGGGGGAUACUGGAUCGAGGACCCAGAAAACCUUGGCACGCCCACCUCGUCUGACAGCAGCAUCUGCGAGGAGGAGGAGGAAAACCUCAGCCCCAGCAGCUAUGGCUACAAGCUGGAGUGCAAGGGGGAGGCCAGAGCCUACCGCAAGCACUUCCUGGGGAAGGAUCAUUUAAAUUUCUACUGUACAGCCAGCAGCCUCGGAAAUCUGAUCCUUUCUGUCAAGUGCGAGGAGACAGAUGGCACAGAGUAUUUAAGGGUUAUACUCAGGUCCAAAGUGAAGACAUUGCAUGAAAGGAUUCCGCUGGCAGGAUUCAGCAAACUCCCAAGUAUCCCCCAGAUUGCAAAGGCCUUCUGUGACGAUGCCUCUGGGCUGAAGUUCAACCCGGUUCUCUACCCCAAGGCGUCCCAGAUGAUAGUGUCUUAUGACGAGCACGAGGUGAACAACACGUUCAAGUUCGGUGUGAUCUAUCAGAAGUUCAGGCAGACGCAGGAGGAGGAGCUGUUUGGCAAUAAUGAAGAGAGCACUGCCUUCAAGAACUUCCUAAGCUUUCUGGGAGACACCAUAACUCUCCAGGACUUCAAAGGGCAGGGGUGGAAGGCAGUCUGCGGAAAUGUGCCGUGCCCGGCGUCGCGGCUCAGCCAGAGGCGCCUCUUGGUGGUGACUGCAGAGACCCCCGUGCUGGGGAGGGUGUCAGUCACAGCCAGGGAAGAUGUCCCCUCCUUUGGUCCACCCCUGCCGAGCCCACCAGUGUUCCAGAAGAGCCCCGAGUUCCGGGAGUUCCUGCUGACCAAGCUCAUCAAUGCUGAGAACGCCUGCUGCAAGUCCGACAAGUUUGCCAAGCUGGAGCUCCAGAGGAAGAGGCACAUCGGCAAUGACAUCGUGGCGAUUAUCUUCCAAGAGGAGAACACGCCGUUUGUCCCCGACAUGAUUGCCUCCAACUUCCUGCACGCCUACAUCGUGGUGCAGGUGGAGAACGCCCAGGGGGACGGCACGGCGUACAGGGUGUCAGUCACAGCCAGGGAAGAUGUCCCCUCCUUUGGUCCACCCCUGCCGAGCCCACCAGUGUUCCAGAAGAGCCCCGAGUUCCGGGAGUUCCUGCUGACCAAGCUCAUCAAUGCUGAGAACGCCUGCUGCAAGUCCGACAAGUUUGCCAAGCUGGAGGACCGGACACGGGCUGCCCUGCUGGACAACCUGCACGACGAGCUGCACGGGCACACGCAGACCAUGCUGGGGCUGGGGCCCGAGGAGGACAAGCUGGAGAACGGGGGUCAUGGGGGCUUCCUGGAGUCCUUCAAGAGAGCCAUCCGCGUGCGCAGCCACUCCAUGGAGACCAUGGUGGGCAGCCAGAAGAGGCACCACGGGGGCGGCAUCCCCGGCAGCCUGAGCGGGGGCAUCGCGCACGGCAGCGGCGAGCUGAGCAAGGGCACCUUCUCGCCCCCUGUCCCAGCUGCUGCUGCCAAGAACCAGUCCAGGAGCCCCAUCAAGCGCCGCUCAGGGCUGUUCCCUCGGCUGCACACCACCUCAGAGAGCCAGGCCGAGAGCAGGGCAAGGUGUGACAGCGUUUCUGGAGCCCAGAAGACACCAGACUUGGGACAUUCCCAAGAGAUGAAAUCUGAAACCUCGUCCAACCCCAGCUCCCCUGAAAUAUGCCCCAACAAAGACAGGCCUUUUCUCAAGCUGAAAGAGAACGGGCGCUCGAACAUCUCCCGUUCCUCCUCCAGCACCAGCAGCUUCAGCAGCACGGCGGGGGAGAGCGAGACCCUGGAGGAGUACGACAGCGUGGGGAGCCAGCCCUCCACGGCGUCACCCUUCAGGCAGGACGUGUUCGUGUACAGCGCCAGCCCCGGCAGCGAGAGCCCCGGCGUGGGACAGGCCACCCCUGUCAUCAUGAGCAGGAGCCCCACAGCAGACGUAAAGAACAGGAACUCUCCAAGGUCCAACCUGAAGUUCCGCUUUGACAAGCUCAGCCACGGCAGCUCCAGCAUGAGCCACUAGCAGGAGGAAGCCGUGAGCUCGCAGAACGUUUCAGCCAAGGGAAGAAUCUCCAGGAGCCCAGGGGACCCGGCCGCGGGCAGCGAGUGCCCUCGCCUGCCGCAGCAGAGCAGAGCUGCCACCUGCUGCAGCCCUGUCCUGGCAGGGAGCAGCCCCGGCUCACCUGGUGCCCC